CGUCCCGGAGCAGGCCAUGCCGCGCUCGCCGCUGCUCCCGCCGCCGCUGAUGCUGCUGCUUCUGCUGCUGCCGUUGCCGCCGCCGGCCCCCGGCCUCGGGCUCCGCGGCGCGGGCAGCCGGCGCCCGGAGUGCGGUCCGUGCCAGCCGGAGCGCUGCCCGGCGUUCGCGCACUGCCCGGCGCCCGGGAUCGCGGCGCGCGACGAGUGCGACUGCUGCGCGCUCUGCCUGGGCGCCGAGGGCGCGAGCUGCGGGGGCCGUGCGGGCGCGCGCUGCGGCCCUGGCCUGGUGUGCGCGAGCCGGGCCGCGGGGGCGGCGCCCGAGGGCACCGGGCUCUGCAUGUGCGCGCAGCGCGGCACCGUCUGCGGCUCCGACGGCCGCACCUACCCCAGCGUCUGCGCGCUGCGCUUGCGCGCCCUGCACGCGCCCCGCGCGCACCCCGGCCACCUGCACAAGGCGCGCGAUGGCCCCUGCGAGUUGGCUCCUGUGGUCGUCAUGCCACCGCGUGGUGCUCGCAACAUCACUGGCGCACAGGUGCACUUGUCCUGUGAGGUGAGGGCCGUGCCCACCCCGGUCAUCACGUGGAGGAAGGUCACGCAGUCUCCUGGGGGCACCCAGGUGCUGGAGGUGUUGCCUGGGGACCAUGUCAACAUAGCCAUCCAGGUGCGAGGGGGCCCUUCCGACCACGAGGCCACGGCCUGGAUCCUGAUCAACCCCCUGAGAAAAGAAGACGAGGGCGUAUACCAGUGCCACGCAGCCAAUGCGGUCGGGGAGGCCCAGGCCCUCGGCACGGUGACGGUUCUGGAGCUGGGAAAAGACAAGUGGCCCCACCUUCCAGCCCCCAGGGAUCAUGUGUGACGGAGUAAGGGUCUGAGAGACUCUGGUCACGGGAGGAUGCAGAAGUCAAGCAGUGGAUCAUUUUGCUUUGGGCAGAGUUGGGAAAGCUGUUUGUAGAUGACCCCUUUUGUAUGUUGUUUUUUAAAAUUAGAUGCAGACUAGAUUCGUAUGCAGAUGUAGUUUUUAGGAGGAAAACAGAUGUGCAUGUGGCUGUUUUUUAUACUUCGGAAAUGAAUGACUCCAGGAGAAUCCUUUCUGUAGCCCCUCCCGCCCAGGGAAGACCACAGGCUGGGGGUUUGUAAUUCAGAGGGGCCGGUGCUGAGCACUGGCUGCUGAGACUCCAGGCCUCGCCUGUACCUCCUGCGGGAGCCGCACUGGCUCCCUGCCGUCCCUGGCCUGGUCUCUCCACCUGUGAAUGUGGCGUUUGCACUGGGCCUUACCAGUGCCCCUCCUAGUCCAGCAAUCCUGCAGAUUUGCCCUGUGGUCUCGGCGUUCUUUGUCAAAUGACAUCCCUCCAAACCCGAUGCCGCCACUUCCCGCCAGGCUCUGCUUUGCCCUGCCUUCCUGCUUGGCCCCAGGGUAAGGGGCCUUCCCAGAUGCAGGAACCCUGGGAUGGCGUCUGGGGACCCAGACAUCCAUUUCUGUAACCAGGAGGGUGGCGGGAACCUCAUAAGAACACGGCCAGGCAUUCGCUCUGGGCUGCAGAGUCCAGCGUAGGAGAGAAGGCUUCUUAGAGACACUUGCCCUCACCUGGCAUGAAGCCACGUACAUGGAACAAGAAAGGAGACGGUCUAAUAUCGGGUCACACACAGAUCCCCGAGUGCUGACGGCUUCUUAGAAGUCAGAAUCGGGGUGCCUCCCUGGGGAUGGCCCUUAGUGCAUGAGCACUUUCCCAUCCAGGCCCCCGCCCCGGGAGCACGGUCAGGGCAGGCAUUGGAGGCCCCUGGGCUCUGGAGGGGCGGCUCCUGCCCCAGUCCUGGGCUCUGGGGAGGUCCCGGGGCUCUGGCUCCCUUUCCUCCUCUAGGUGCUGCUUCUCAGGGAGACCCUGGAACCCGGGAGAGGAGGAGACUGCCAAUCCCAUGGGGGCUGGGACCCCUCCCUAGGAUUCAGGGGACUGAAGUUCCUGCCUUUAUAUGUGGCCAUUCACUUCUAAAGUUCCAGGAUGCUAGCGCCUGGCCUGGGGAUCUGGGAACAGGAGGUCCAUUUGAAUAUUCAUUUGCAUGUCCAUCCCUGGCAUGUGGAGGCCCUCCGCCCAGCCCGCUCACCUUCUAAGUCCCGUGACCCUAUUGGAAUUAAGAAGAGAAUGAGACUACAUGAGUGGUUUUUCAAACUUUAAAAUGUUGGAACCCUUCUUUGAAUAAAACCAGGACUGGAAUUGA